AUGAACGAUAAGUCUAUCGAAUUUACAACAACUAAUCGAAAUGGACUUGUACUUCACUACCAAGGUUAUCAAUAUACAUUUAAACGUAAAUAUAAAAAUACUAACGAAUGGCGGUGUAGACGAAGACCGUGCACAACUUCAAUAUCAUUAUGCUGGGAUAACAGAUCAAUUAUUAGAGAACCUGAUCAACAUACUUGUGGUUCUUCAUCGCCAGAAAAUAUUAUUGUUGAAAAAGCUGUAUCCCGUAUGAGACAACGAGCAGCUGUAGAAACUUUACCAAUUUCCCAAAUAUAUUCACAAGAAGUCGUAAAAACUCUCAUUGAUAAUCCUGAUUUGGAUACUGGCUCAAUUUUUCCAUUAUUGGAUAGUAUUGAUUCAACUUUAUAUCGUCAACGUGCUAAAAAUUAUCCAAAUAUACCAAAAAAUAUUCAUGAUCUUAUGAUUCCAGAUGUUUGGAAAGUCGGUUCUCAUGGCGAACCUUUUCUUUUGGUCGACGAGAUUUGUCUAGCUUUAAUUCCAAGACAUUUAGUUGAAAAAACAUGGACCGAAGCCAUGGAUGAAUACACACCUAAUCAUGUUGCAAGUAUUAAAUUUAACGAUUAUAUGGUUUCUACCUACGUCGAUUGUAUCUCAUCACGUUUUCGACUUAAUUUAUGGAAUGUUAAUGAUGCUCUUGUCAACAAUAUUCCAAGAACAAAUAACCACGUGGAGGGUUAUAAUAAUCGACUAGGCUCAUUAUUUCCUGUCCAUCCUCAUAUUUUUAGAUUUAUCGAACUAUUAAGACAUGAACACUUCUUUCAGCAUCAUCAUGCCGAACAAUCGAAAUCUUAUUUACCAAAACGACCAAAAUCAAGUGAAAAUAUUAAUAUUAAACUUAUCGAUCUACUCGAUCAACAUAGUAAUGGUGAACUGACAGAUUUAGAAUUAGCACUUCAUUGUGGUAAAAUAGUCAAGACUAAAUUAGUAAAAAAAUAUAAGUGA